AUGAUAUCGGAUAUUACUAAUACAAAAUGGUGCGGUUCAGGAAACAUAGCGAUGGACUACGAGGAUCUGGGCUCCGAGAUCGAAACCGACAAAUGCUGUAGAAGCCACGAUCACUGCAUCGACCAUAUAGCCGCCGGAGAGACGAAACACAAUCUCACCAACACGGCAUUUUAUUCAAGAUUACAUUGCACGUGCGACGAGGAAUUCCGCCGGUGUCUUCGCUUGGCUGAAACAGAAACAUCUAGAAAAGUCAAAGAGAUUUACUUCAAGAUUCUCAAAACACAAUGCUACAAGAAAGAGUAUCCUAUAAUCGGCUGCAAAUACCAUCAUGGGAGGUGCCUAGAGUACGAGCUGGAUACAAACGGGGAGCAAUUCCAUCAGUGGUUCGACGUGAUAGAUGANAAAAAUUGGUGCCUCCACUCAUGA